GCUUAUACAGCGACGACGCGCGACGCACCGCUGAGCAGCGCUCGCCGCGCUAAUUUUACACGCCACUACCUACUAGUCCACCACUGGCAUACAACCGUUGACCCACUCAUAGUGAAUCUGUGCUCCAAUCAUCCAGUGUGAGUGACUCAGCGGCGUCUCCCGCCCCAGAACACCAGCAGAAUAAGGUUAGGUGUGGGCCGUCAGAUGUCGAUAACCGAAUUAUAAGACCGAGCAAAUAAAUCGGUGGCGUCUGCGCAGAGCACAAACAAACUAAACAACAUGACAGUAUUAUUAUGAUAUAUAAACUAAAAUCAUAACUCCCUUACAUGUUACCAUCAGCAGCGAACGCGUCGAAUUGUACAAAGUGUAUAUAUUAAUGUUUUGAUAUAAAGUUAUUAUUACGCUUACUAAUUAUAAAUAAUUAGGGCUAUUUUUAAACGCUUCUAGUGAUACCAAUUUUUGUAUUAAAAGUGAAUUGUGCUGGUAUGUAAUAAUCGGUGUUGUUUAAGUGGAUAUGUGUUAGUAAAGGAAUUAAGGUUCCGUUGUGUGGUAUUUAAAUUGGUGGAGUUAUAAUCGUUUGGUCGAAAUGUCGUCGCGGACCGGGCAGCGAGGUACGUCGGUAGCGACCAGCCAAAGGAAACACCGGUCGCGGUCCACCACCAGGUACGACAUGGAGAAGAAGCCGAAGAAGAAAGAUAUGCGCACGUCGGGCACAACGAGUCUUGUGUCUAUACCGAACAGCAUCAAGCUCACUAUGCUGAACAGCGGCCUCAUAUCUUUUGACCGAGUGACGUUUAAACCUGAGACGGACGAGAAUGGUUCAAUAUCGGAGACAAUACCCGACCGACCCGUUGAGAUCAAGAACUUUCCCAAACUAUGCGAGCAAAGGAGGAAAUUUCCAGUACUGUACAAACUAGAAUUCCAGACAGCUGUCAAAGUGGAGGUACACUCGUGUCGACACGGCACAAAGAAGACGAAUUUACACAAGAACCAAAACCAAAAAGUUAUACCUUAUGACUACAACAGAGUGGUGCUAGAAACUGUAGACCGAGAGCCUGACUCUGAUUAUAUUAAUGCUUCCUAUAUAGAUAGUGUAUUAAAACCAAACGCGUACAUAGUGACUCAGGGGCCAACUGAAGAUACAGUGGUGUACUUCUGGAAAAUGAUAUGGCAGGAGCGAGCAGCCGCCAUUGUUAUGCUCACAAAAACAUUCGACUUUAUCAAGGUUAUGUGCGUUCAAUAUUGGCCUCCAAAUAAGGAAAAAGAUGAGACAUACGGUGAUAUAAGUGUCGGAAUAGUUCAAGAGGAAGAGCUUGCUAACUUUCACAUACGGACAUUCAGAUUAUACAAAAGUGAAAAGAAUGUGGUGGUAGAAGAACGGUUUAUUCUCCAGUUUCAUUACACCCAAUGGCAUUCACAUACGUGUCCAUUCAGCAAUGCACUCCUGGAGUUUAGAAGACGGGUCCGAGCAGUGGUCGGGCGUAGGUUGGCUGCCAAUCCGGCUGCUGGUCCAAUGGUCGUACAUUGCAAUGAUGGCGGUGGUCGAUCAGGAGUGUAUUUGGCAAUAGAUGCAAACUUAGAAUUGGCUGAAGAAGAAGACUGCUUCGAUGUUUUCGGUUAUUUGAAGAAAUUGAGACAAUCUAGAAAAGGCCUUAUAGAAAACGAGGAACAAUAUAAAUUCGUUUAUGAUACAUUAGAAGAACAUGUCGUUUGCGGAGUGUCAUGGUUCCCCGUGUCGGAAUUGUCACAAAGACUGAAACAGAAAUCGCAAAGAGACCCAGUAUCUAAACUGAACGAGUAUCAAAAGGAAUACCAGCAGAUAUGCAAACAGACACCAAGAUUUACUAUAGGAGACUGCGCUGGAGGCCACAGAGGAGACAACAGGGAGAAGAACAGAGACGUUCUUGUUGUACCUCCUGACAACUUUCGUCCAUACUUAACUUCGUUCCAAGGAAACAGUUUUACGGAUUACAUCAACGCAGUCUUCGUGGACGGAUACACGAAACCUCGGGAGUAUAUAGUCACAGAAUGGCCUCUGGUUAGAACACAAGGCGAGUUCUGGUCUUUAGUGUAUGACUACGAAUGCGCCGCUGUGGUAGUUUUAUGCGUGCCGCCUAAAAAUUCUCAACAAUUCCCUCCAUUUUGGCCCGAGGGUCGACAUUCGAAGAAGUACGGACCAGUUUUCACGAUAGACCACGUAUCCCAUAACCACUACACUAAUAUCAAAACUUGGAUAUUUAGGAUCAAUAAAAAGAUCGUAUCACUCACCGAGUUAAUGGCUGGCGUUAAAGCUCCACCAAAAACCGUACAGCUGUUCCAAUUGACGUGCUGGCCCAUGGGCCAUAAGGUGCCUUCGUCCACCAACUCGCUGGUCGAGCUCAUGAACAUGGUAGAACGGUGGCGGCAGCGUACAGAUUAUGGGCCCGUCUGCGUUGUAUCACCAGACGGACGUAGUCGUGCCGGUGUUUACUGUGCUGCCAACGCGUGCAUCGAACAAGUAAUUCAACAUGGCGAGGUCGAUGUUUUUCAAGCGGUCAAGACAGUACGGCGGCAUAGACCGCAACUGGUUGAAAAUAUGACUGAAUACAAAUACUGCUACGAUCUCGUGCUACAUUACGUGCUUCACUACUUAAAUAAAGACAUGAAUGAAAAGAAGUGAGAGUGCGAACUCAAAGACGAACUCUGGUUCAUCGAAUUCGGGCGCGGUGCAGCACUAC